CCCUGCACGCUUCUUGGAAGGGGUCAUUGGUCUUACAAAACUGAAGGCCUUGAAUUAAAAGGCGGCCUGUUGGUCUGUUGGAACAUUCCUCAACAAUUAACUGGGCAGCUGCUCUGCCCACCCCAGGCUCUCAGAAGCUUGCCCGCUCGCCCACGUUCUCUGGUGUCCUAGCAACCGGAAACUCAUCUGAGCUCCAGCCGGGACAGAGGCCAUUUUCUCCCUGACCACUGUGACUUGCAGGCUCCCCGGGCCCCUGAGGACCUGUCCGUACAGCUUGCAGGUCCACUGAAAGCCACCGUUUGUCCCCAUGGACUCCCAGAAGGCCAGCCCAGCCUGCCCCUAACCCUGGCAGAAUGAGCUUCUCGCUCACGUUCUCAGAGCUGGUCAACAUCGCCAUCCCACAGUGCAGGGUGGUGAACUUCAAGGCCCUGCACCUCCUACUCCAGGGUAUCCUGGAGCACAUCCACAUGGCUGACCUUGAGAAGGUCCUCUCGGCGGAUGAGGACUUCCUCCACACCUCGCCAGCCAUGUUCAUGCCCCGGGAAGGAGACUCCCAACCCAUCCUUAACCCCAUGAAGAGGCUCGGCAACGUCUUCGACCACCUGGUGAGCCAUGUGGACAAGAUGGAGAGCCAGCUGGCCGUGCUGCAGGAACUGCCCUCCACCUCCCAGCUGCUGGAGGGCAGCCAGGGCACUGGCCAGCCCGCCCAGGACUUAUGGAACCUGAUAAAGCUCCGGAUAGUGGAGGGCAACGAGGAAGCCAUGGCCAAGUCCAUGAAGACCCUGCAGGAUUUGCUCACCGACAUUUAUGCACUCAAGGUCACUGUUGAAACCCUCAGGAAGGAUGUGGCCAUGCUGAAGGACAUGUUUGACAAGAUGCAUCUGGAAAGAAUAGAUGCUUUCUCUGAAGAUUUGAAAGGGCAGAACUGGAAGAUGAGUGCACUGCAGUGGGAAGUGAUUUCUCUCCAGAACAAGAUAACCACCAUGCCCAAAACUGAGGACAUGGUGCUCUGGAGCAGCCUCCAUGAGGCCAUGUUCACCCCGGGAACUGCUCCACAACUGCUCGAUGAUUCCAAGCGGUGGCAGAUUGCGGAACAUGUUGCAGAGAUUGACCGUCCUCAGACGGCUGAGUACCACGAAGAAGUUAGCCACGGCCAGGUCGUGGAGGCCAUCCAGCGCCCCAGUUCCUGGAGACCAUCUGGCAUUACCAAGUCCAGGGAAGCUACAGGAGGAGGAGUCUGCCCAAGCAGCUCUGCUUCCCAGGGCCCAGGGGCCGGACCAGGCCCAAGUGCUCGAACCUGGGCCUGCACCUGGACCUGGGCCUGCGUUUGGACCUGGGCCUGCCCCUGGACUGGGGCCUGCUCCAGGUCCUCAGCCCACACAAUCAGGAUCCUGGCCUGUACCACCACGAGGCUGGCCUCCUCCCAGAGGACCCUACCCCCAGCCACGGAACUAGGCUCAACUUAGCCUCAUUUACUGCAGUCGUGGUCUCGCCAGGGAGACGCAUCCAAGCUCUCAGCUCUCUCAGAAAAGGAGGAGGAAUAUUCCUCUGUGGAAGUGGGAGUCACUCAGGAUGGAGCCCCAAGGGCUGAGGCCUCCACGGAAGUACUCCCUAAGGGAUCUCCGUCUGCGGUUCAGCAGAUAAAAUCCAAUGCUGCCAUUGCAGCUGCUGCCGCAGCCACCUUCGCAACUGCAGCGACAUCGGCAGCCCGGGCAGCUAAAGCGGCUGCCAGGCUGGUCAGGGACACCCCGGCCACCAAAUUGGCCACCAUAGCAACAGCCGUGGCCGCAUCUGAGCCUUUAGGGGUCCUUGCAGACAUCCUGGACACAGGGACCUCCCGUGGGGCCUUCACCGAGGACGGCGAGAUGGAAGACUUGCAAGAGGUGGACUGUGAGGACGUCCUCUCUCCUUCAUUCUCUUCUGCCCGUGUCCCUCCCAACAUGGCCCUGUCCCAGGCCAUGCUGGCUGCCAAACAGGCCAUGACCCCUGAAGACAAGAAGAAGGCCGUCAGGUGUUCCAUGAGCCACAUAGCCCAGAUGCCCAUUAGACAUGACUCCCUGAAAGAAGAGUUUGCCCAGCUGUCAUCCAACCUGCAUCAGCGUAUGACUUAUCUAGCUAAUAUGGGAGCCUCUUCCAAGCUUGGGACAACGGCGGACGUAUUGCAAGAAAAGAUUGGCAGCCUCCAGAAAUCCAGGAUGAGGGAGGAGGAACUUGAGAGAAUUUGGGGCCACCAGAUAGAGAUGAUAAAGGACCACCACCUCGUGCUGGACAGGGCAGUGGACAAGCUCCAGAUUCGCCUGGAUGAGUUUAAGGUUGUCCAUUCUCAGAUUAAAAACCUAGAAAUGUACAAGGCAGACAACAGUGUGAUGGAGCAGGAGCUGAAAGAGAAAGCCGACAGGCGCUCCCUGGCAGGCAAGGGAAGCCGGGCUGACCUGGACGCAGUGGCGAUGGAGCUGAAUGAGACGAUUCAGGGCAUGCUCUUCAGGGUUAUGGCCAAUGAGGAUGACUGGAAGAAGACCGUGGAGCAGCUGGACAAAGACCUACGCACCAAGCUGGUUCCCAGUGAUUUGGACGAUCUGAAGAAAGACAUGGAUGAGGUCUGGAAAGUAGUCAGGAAGCUGCUGAUUGAAGGCUUCUGGUUUGACCCCAACAGUGCUGCCGGCUUUAGGAAGAAACUGUUUGAGCGGGUGAAAUCUGUCUCCGGCCACCGGCCCGUCAACAUGAUGACCAGCCCGCAACUCAUCACCAUCCGCAGUGCCCGCCUGCUGUCGCGGCUGCGGCCGGCCAGCGCCAACAGCUACGAGUACCUGCAGCGGCAACAGGUGAGGGACCCUGAGUUGUUGGACUAUGAUUCCAUGAGUCAGGCUGCAGCCCCUGGCAGUGGGCAAUCCUGGGGUAAGCCAGGCCCUGCUGCCUCUGUGAACACUCCCUUACCCGGGGCCCCGGGCUGCCCAACAGGCCGAGGUGGACAUCUGGGAGUGGACGGGAUCCUGUACAAGGGCCGAAUGAACAGCAAGGACAGGGCGCGGCCCCUGACCGACACAGAGAAGGAGCUGGCAGCUGUUAAGGUUCCGCAUCCCCCAGCUCGAAGCCCAUAUGAGGGUGCACGCCCGAAUGCCUUAUUCGGUGCCAUCUACCCCUCACAGCUAGCCCAUUUUAAAGUGGGGGAGCUGAGGCGCACGACCGUGAACUGGGGAAUGCAAGAGCUGGGCCAAAGUCCAUAUCCUGGACUCCAAGUCCUGUGUCCUCUCGGCUGCCCUGCUCCACUUCUGUGUCCACCUCUGGUUUCAUUUAUCUUGGGCCGCCCCCCAAACCCAGGAAGUGUCAGGUGCCUGGACUGGGUGAGCAGAGGUGGAGCACUUCCAGUCUUGGGGCGUCUCUUCUCCUUAGUGGAGAAGAUGACCCCAUCGGGCCAGCCUCUCUCCAGAAUAUUCCUGGGACACAUCAUGGGUCUCACCUGCCCCCCAGCAGCCUGCCCCCCAAACCAGCAUGGGCUCAGCCACCUCAGGCCCCCAGCCGACAUGCCAGCUCAGCCUCUGUCUCUGCCUCCCCUGCCACUGCUGCCACAGCUGAUGCCAUCCCUGCAGGAUCCCCAGCCGGCCCCAGGGCCUGCCGGGCACCCAAGGCCUCUGCGCCUUGAGUCCCAAGCCGGCAUGCAGUCCACCAAGGAGCCCACCAAGCUGUGAGCCUGCAGUGCCAGCGUCGCCCCCUCCCCUGAGCAGGUGGAGACCCUGCCCUGAGCCUAGUCUGGGGAAGGUGCAGGGGCCCUGGACUUAGGGGAGGGUCUCCGUAAGGAGCUCAUUUUGAUCCAGUAGCUGUUUUAACUGUCAUAUAAAUACCUGUAAUACAAUCCUCCUCAUGCUACGUUUCAUGGAGAACACAGCUUUCUAGAUUGAAUUUCCCACUAAACCAAUUUAAUUCCUUGACCAAUUUUCAAUACAACACAAAGUGGUUUUAAAAACAAUCACUUUCCUUUUUAUUUUGCUGAAAUGAUUUUAUCAGAAUCAGUUCCAAUUACAGCUAACGCCACUGUCCAUUUUCUUUGGGGACCAUUAUUUCUACCAGGACCAAUUUUCUCAUGGGAACCAAAUUUUAUUGCGUGCAUGGUUUUUUAUUGUCUGUUGAUUGUUCCCACCAGUAAUUAGUUAUGAGUUGGAUAUUUAAAGAACGUGAUUGUUUGUAUUUACUUCUGGCUAAUCCAUGAGGCACUUGGAGCAAUGGCCCUGGAAUCCUCCAGGACCGCUCUGUCCUGUUUGGCAUCUUUCUGCCUCUUUGGUUCCCGCGCUCACUGCCUAUGCACUUGAUGGAGGGGGCGGGGGUGUCAAAGCGUCCUGAUUUGGGGUUCAGAGCCCGGCCUGCUCACGCCUGCCUGGCGGGUCCUGCAGCCUGGUGUGGUUUCUGCCCCUUGGACGGUUUACUGGUCCCUCCUUCUCCGUUUCGCGUUUUCUCCCUUUCCACCCCCUAGGUUGUCCAGUUGCGCCCUCUACCCUUUCUGUGCUUCUGAUACUUGUAUCACAUUCCACAAAGACUAAAAAAAAAAAAAAUUUCCCUCUGAAUAGUUUUGGGGCAUGGCUCCCCCAAACAUCCACCAGAGGCUCCUGGAGCAAGUCAGGGAGUGGGGUGGGCAAGCUGCCCGGGGGUCCGCCUGGGGGAGCCAGGGUGCUGGCAUGGAGGAGGGUUCUCUGGACGGGCGGCCAAAGGAGUCCUGGAUGCUGCGUGCCUGCCCCUUCCCACCAGUUGUCCCCCAGCCCUGCCUCCCCCUCCCCCUGCUCCUCACCUGCAACCACUCCUGACUUCUCUUUUCUUUCUCCAAGGACUGUGUCCAAAUGAGGCCGAGCUCUUCCUGACCCAGGUGACCUACACCGCCUUGGGGGAUACUGGCCAGUGCAUCCCUGGCCCCACCCCCAUAUCACAGAUGAGUGUUUUUGUCAGCUUCUCCCCAAAAUAAAAUCUUUCACUUUUCUGA